AUGUCGAAGCUGGUUUGCCAUCUGCUUCUCCUUUGUUUACUUCCAGCUGUGGUUCCCCUCUUCUGUUAUACCUGUGUGUUCCCGGCCAUCUCACCUCUGGACUGUAUCAGAUACCCUAUGAAGUGUCCACCCGGGCAGGUCUGUCUGUCCAGCAGAGCUGUGGGCGAGAAAGGAGACUUCCGUGUGGUGUUGUAUGAGAAGAGCUGCAUCCUGCCCUCCCUGUGUGGAGUCACGGGUGAAAAAUACACCAUGGGAAUCAACUUCACCUUCACCAAUGAAUGCUGCAACACACACCUGUGCAAUGGAGCUGCAAGACCUGCGACCCCCUACUGGACUGGCACACUACUCACACUACUUAUUUCGUACUCUGUUUGGUGAAACAUAUUAAAGCAAUGUGGAAGAGAAAUAGUUUGACACAUGAAGCGGAGUUGCCUUUUCUGUCCUCUAGUGGACUGACAUUUUAUUCAACUUCCUUUUAGUAACUGUACUAAUCUGUGCUUAGUUUUACCUCGAGUGUGAGAUGGAAAAAUAAUAUUAUUGCUAACU